AUUCAGCCCGCGAUCGUCGGGAGCGUACGUGCGCUUUCUUUCAGGUUCGCUGCCACGUACCGUACGUACUUUGUUCGAUGUUUCCUGUUCCGGCUGAACGGCUGUACACGAGCGCGAUUUAUACGCACGGCAUUGGUGAACGAUCGCGAGGGCACGAGCGAACCGCCCCUACGUUUUAAAAACUGUUCACGCCCGUUUACGAAAGUGGAUUUUUCUCAACGACACCCGUAUACCGAACGCAGCAGGCGAAGAACGUCGCGAGGGAUGCUCGACGAGUCGGUCAGCGGCGUGACGACUUCGGCGUGGUGACCGUUCAGAGGUGUUAAUCGUAUUUUAGUGAGGAUAAAUAAUCGCUGAAUUAUAUGAAAACGAUAAGGGGUUAAAGUGAGCCGGCAACUUAGCGAGGGGAAAGAGUGAACGACGGGGUGAUAUGAGUGAACACAGGAUCUUUUGUGACGUUAAACGAUCGAGCUGCGGCCUGGUCGAAGCGAGUCCCAUCGAUUAACUGGCACGCGAUACGCCGGAAACGCGAUUAAAACACAGUGCGUCUUUUUCCUACGGCCGAGGAAGUCGACAGGUUCGCGUGGAAAGUGAAACGAAGUUGGAUAACCGGCCGAAAGAAGGUAAACGGUGUGCCCUGAACGGAGAAGGAAAGUGGAAAAGAAGAAUGUUGUGUCACGUCCUUGCCACCGUCGUCGUUGCUUUUUUCUGUGUCGUCCACGCUCAAGGAGGACCACGAACAUUUUCAGCUAGGCCUUUCCGAGGAGGACCGACCACGGCAGCGAGGGCGGUCCUUCAGGGUACAGCGGAACUGCCAUGCGACAUCCGUCCACCGCGCCAAAACGAUUCUGCGAUUCUGGUCGUAUGGUACAAAAGCGAUAUCACGCCUAUAUACAGUUACGAUAUGAGGGGCAAGCACACGGAGAAGGAUUCGCACUGGAACGAUAAAGAUCAUUUGGACAAUCGAGCGUUCUUCAGAACGGUCACAGAGCCGGCUACGUUAAAUAUCAAUCAUAUCGAAGAGAGGGACGAGGGUGAAUACAGGUGCCGAGUAGAUUUUGCAAAGAGUCCGACCAGAAAUUCAAGAGUUUACCUGACAGUCAUUGUACCUCCUCAUAAACCAAAUAUCAUUGAUGAGCACGGGACGACCGUGUCAUCAGUGGCUGGACCAUACGAAGAAGGUGGUGAUUUGAAAUUGCAAUGCCUCGUUUCUGGAGGCCAACCGGAGCCGAGAGUGAGAUGGUGGCGCGGGGAGAUGCUCCUCGAUUCGAAAGACGAACCGGGAGAGUUUCCUGCGCUCCGUAGAAAUACUUUGAUAGUGCGGGAACUUUCAAGAGCUGAUCUCCACGCGGUGUUCACUUGUCAAGCGUCGAAUAAUAACAUCAGUCAACCAGUCUCUGCUUCAGUGGCGAUUGAAAUGCACUUGAAACCAUUGAGCGUGACUAUACUGAGCAGCGAGCACGCGCCGCUCAGCGCGGAUCGGAAGUACGAGAUAAACUGUAUGACCGUUGGUUCGAGACCACCAGCUAAUCUGUCUUGGUACAUGGAUGGAAGAAAGUUGACUAACUACACGGAAAAGAUAUCGCAAGAUGGUAACAUGACGAGUUCCAUACUAACGCUCAAACCGAGCUUGCUCGAUCACGAUAAAGUGAUCACUUGUCGAGCGGAGAACUUUAAAGUUCAAGGGGGCGUGAUAGAAGAUACAUGGAAGCUAAACGUAUUUUUUGUUCCUAUCUUGCACCUGGAAUUAGGAUCGAAUAUGAAUCCAGACGACAUCGAGGAGGGCGAUGACGUCUAUUUCGAAUGUAAAGUCCGUGCGAAUCCCGGCGCUUACAAGGUUGUGUGGAAGCAUAAUGGUAACGUAAUACAAAACAAUGCGAAGAACGGUGUAAUAGUACAACAAUACGGAUUGGCUCUGAGGGAAGUGAAUCGUUCUCAAGCAGGAAAUUAUACUUGUAUUGCUAGCAACGUCGAGGGAGACGGCUACAGCAAUAACGUCGAAUUGAACAUAAUGUACAAACCGAUUUGCGUGUCGGACCAGAAACGAAUUUACGGUGUGGCGCGUCACGAAGACGCUCGAGUGCUUUGCAAAGUGGAAGCGUACCCGCCGCCCGUCAGUUUCCGUUGGACCUUCAACAAUACAGAGGAAAUGGUAGACGUGCCUCAGGCACGAUACAAGAACUCCACGCAUCACAGCCAAAGCGUUCUUAUCUAUCGGCCGAUGACCGAAAUGGAAUACGGCACGGUGUUCUGCUGGGCGAGCAACACCGCCGGCCAACAAAAGAACGCGUGCGUGUUUCACAUCAUCCCCGCGGGGAAGCCUGAGUCCGUGUACAAUUGCACUUUGUCCAAUCAGACAACCGACUCCUUGUCGGUGGAGUGUUCCGUCGGUUUCGACGGCGGCCAGCCACAACACUUCCUGCUCGAGGUUUUCGACCAGCAAACGGGAAUACUUCAAGCGAACAUCACUUCCAGGGAGAACGCCGCAUUCACGGUUCACGGUUUAGAGCCGGGUAAAAUUCUGAACAUGGUCGUGUACGCGGUGAACGCGAAGGGAAGGAGCGAGCCCACCCUGCUCGAGGGAUUCACGUUAAAAAUCGCGGAGAAGCAGACUGGUACACCGGUACCAUUCGAGAUCACUCCACUAUUGGGCGGAUUGAUCGGAGUGGUAACAGCGUUGCUCUUAAUCACUAUUGCUAUUUUAGCAGCUAUGAAGAUCAGAAACGAGAGGAGAACGCAGAGGCCGAGCGACUUGCCGUUGAAAAAGAACACCGCGCCGAGCUCCGAAGAUUUGUACGACACCGACGACAGGAAUCCGGACGUAGUACCAAUAAACAAAGGUUCGGAUUACCAAUUAACGGGAUCGAUAUCCGGUACGCCUUUGGCUGCGCAAGGCACACCGGACGGACUUCCGCCGAAUUCGCUUUCUAUUCAACAAGUGAAUCACCUGCAGGGUUUAUCGUCGUAUUCGAACGAAUACAAUAAUUACCCAACGUUGCCGUUAUCGGGCGAGAUAACGUACGCCGAGCUGUGUCUGCCGCGUCCGACGACGCUGUCGACGUUGGCGACCGACACGAAGCUGACGAGUAUAAGUGGAAUUGGUAGCAUAAGUACGCUUCAGGGUUACGGUAGCGGGGUGAUCGUUGGCGGGAAGCCGUGCGCAAAGGAAGCCACGAUCUACGCUUGCAUAGACCACAACGCGAGGCCGGCGAAGGUCGACACGACGUCAUCGUCGACGUCGCCAUACACGCUGGCAUCGCUCUCGGCGAGGAGUCCCUUCCAGGACAUCAACAUCUCGACGAUGAGCGGCAAACACCCGACGAGGGAGGUCGUCACCGUGCGCACACCGCUAAUAUCGACUCAAGAGAGCUGCGUAUAGGGCUGCGAUUCUGACGCGCUAGAUAUCAAGGAAUACUAUGUUUGAUGUGGUGAUUGAUGUGCGCGUCUAGGUAUUAAAACUAUGAUCGAUUAACGAGUUGUCCUAACAUAGGCCGGCGGGAGGAGCGCGCCGGGGGAUUCACAUAAUAUUUUGCGAAAUCACCAGAUCUCAUCAGUCGGUUCUAACGUUUCCGUACGAAAUCGUCGCCGCGCUUCUCCCACUGAUUAUACGUGUACACAUAAUAACGAAGCCGUUUAAUAUGCGUUAACCGUGGCUCGAUAGGUAACAGAAAUUAAUAUGGAGACUGAUCUGAUCAUCGGCUAUCGCAUGUUAAGUCGGCGGAAGCAAAUACAAAGGAACAAUGAGUCUUCUUAACGUAUUAGUAAUAAGUAUGUGAUAAUAAUGUAAAUCGACAAAUUUUCGAAGGAUAUUGAUUAAUUGAAACUUGAAUUUGGUCAACCAAGACUGAUUUAAAUAUUUUCUAGCUUUUUAUAUGCGGGCCAUCCCACUUAGUAUGUACAUCUGAACUAUCCUCGUUGACACAUCUAUCGAAUUCAAAUAAAUAACUUGUGAAAAUAUACGGCAACAAUAAAUAAUCACUAUUCACAGACAUAUCAAUUGUCUGAUGCACAUAUUUGAUGCACGUAAUUGUUUGAUGCAUAAUUUUAUGAUCACAAUGACGCAAAUGCUACAUCAUUUAAGGAUGUAUAGGCUAUACAUAUAAUUAAAUAAUGCUGGCAUAUUGAAUUUGUUAUUAUAGAUUC